CAAAUUUGCACAGAUAUCGACGAGUGUGCUCUUGAGCCUUGUAUGCAUGGAGGAACUUGUACUGACGGAGUGAACAGCUAUACUUGUGCCUGCGUACUGGGCUAUACUGGAAGUAGUUGCGAAACAGAUAUUGAUGAAUGUGCUAGCAAUCCAUGUAUGAAUGGAGGAAGUUGCGCUGAUGAGGUCAACUACUUCACUUGUGCCUGUGUUAAUGGCUCUAUUGGGACUUUGUGUGGAACAACUGAGUGUGGUGAUGGAACUGUUUGUCAUAAUGGCGGAGCAUGCACAAACCCCGGACCGUGUGAUUGUGUAACCGGUUUUAACGGUACUAUGUGCGAGACUAAUAUUGAUGAUUGUUCUACUACUCCCUGUAUGAAUGGUGGAGUUUGUGUUGAUGAAGUGAAUUCCUUCACGUGUAACUGUGCUGCUGGCUAUAAAGGAGAUACAUGUCAAACAGUUCUGUGCGAUCUAUCGAAUUGCCAAAAUGGUGGGACAUGUACCCCUUUUGGACAUCCUUGUAAUUGCCCACCUGGUUUUACGGGAGACCUUUGCGAGAACGGUAAGUUGUGUCAUGUGUUUAUCAAUGGUUAA